AUCUGUCGGGCGGGAGAUACUGCUCACGAAAUCAGUUAUGAAAAAGUGCCGCGCUUCCUGCAGGAUUGCGAUUAUCGGAGCAGGUGCCUCGGGCGUAGCGGCUGCCACACGGCUCCUUGAGAAUGGAUUCUGCCACGUGCAGAUCCUGGAGGCGGAGGACUACAUCGGUGGAAGGAUCCGUACAAUUCCAUUCGCUGAUAACGUGGCCGAUCUAGGGGCGCAAUGGUGUCAUGGAAUGAAAAACAACUGCGUCUACGACAUGGUCAAGCAUUUGGAUCUCGUGGCUCCCACUGGGGAUUUCUUCAACGAUGUGGCUAUGGUUCGAUCCAACAAGGAAGUGAUUCCUUUGGAGCUUGGACACAAGCUUCAAGAGAUGGCCUAUGGUAGCAUUCCCAAUGAUUCGACUCCUGCCGUGGGAUCUAUGGGUAGCUACGUGGUGGAACAAUUCUGGAAGGCGGUAGACAACCAGAUUCCAGACGUCGAUCGUGAACUGGCUGUCGAGUUUCUGGAGUCCUUUCAGAAGCACGAAAGCUCCAUCGAGGGCUCCGACAACCUCUUUGAGAUUUCUGGCCGAUCUCAUCUAGAGUACGAGGAAUGUGAGGGCGACCAACUGGUCCACUGGCGAUGCAAAGGAUACGCGAGGUUCCUACGUUUGCUGAUGAAAGUUGGCGAAGAUGAGCCCUGCGAACUGGGAUUACUCAAUGGUCGUGUCAAAUUCGGAAAGAAAGUGUCUCGAAUCCAAAUACUUCCAGGCCGUAAACUGCAGGUUGAUUGUGAGGAUGAAUCCUUCAAGGUGGACCAUGUUAUCUGUACUGUGUCCCUGGGAGUUUUGCAAAAGGAGAUGGACACCAUGUUUAGCCCACCACUUCCUCCUGCGAAAGUAAAGGCCAUUCAGAGUCUCCGACUGGGAACUGUUGAUAAAAUAUUCUUUGAAUAUGAGACGCAUCCCUUUCCCAAAGACUUUGUAGGCUUCUAUCCCCUCUGGCUGGAGAAGGAUUUAAAAGAGCUCCGUGAAUCGAAGCAUGCAUGGUUGGAGGGCAUUACUGGCAUUCACAAUAUUACAUGCCAGCCUCGGGUGGUGCUGGCUUGGGUGGGGGGCGUCCAUGGCCGGAAGGCAGAGUUGCUGACGGAUGAGGAAUUCUUGGAAAGUAUGCAGUGGCUUUUCCGAAAGUUUCUCAGUUUUGAGAUGCCGGAACCUAAGCGCUUCUUGCGAACAAAAUGGUAUCUAAAUCCAAACUUCCGCGGGAGCUACAGCUAUCGCACCACGACAGCCGAUGAGCUUGAUACAGGUGCUUGGGACUUGGCAUCACCCAUUAUGGGUGAAGAGAACCAUCCAAGCCUUUUGUUUGCAGGGGAAGCCACCAGUAGGUCUCAUUAUUCUACGGUUCAUGGAGCCACGGAGGCGGGAUGGCGCGAGGCGGAUCGGUUGAUCGAAUAUUACGCUAUCUGUAACUGAUUUAUAUACUUUUUUCUGGUACUUUGAUAAAAUGAAAAUUCUCAAUCAUUUCUCAGUGAACUGUAGCCCCACUGAAUUAAA